AUGCUGAGCCAAGUCGAAUUGAAUCUUUCUUUGGUUGAUGUGUUACGUGAAAUCCCAAAAUAUGCUAAGUAUAUCAAGGACAUUGUGGCUAAUAAAAAAAGAUUGACUGCGUUUGAAACAGUUGCACUUACUGAAUACUGUACUUCAAGAAUUCAAAAGAAGUUUCCCAAAACACUAAAGGAUCCUGGGAGCUUUACCAUGCCCAUUCGAAUUGGUGAGGUAGAUGUAGGACAAACAUUAUGUGAUUUGGGGGCAAGCAUAAAUUUGAUGCCUUUAUUGGUCUUCAGUCAGUUGGGGUUGGGGGGACCAAGACCAACCACAGUCAUAUUGCAGCUUGCUGAUAGAUCCAUUGUUCAUCCUGAAGGGGUGAUAAAAGAUGUGUUUCUACAGAUUGAAAAAUUUAUUAUUCCAGCAGAUUUUAUCAUAUUGGACUACGAAGCUGAUGAACAUGUCCCAAUCAUCUUGGGACGACCUCUCCUAUCCACCACCGAUGAAGUCAUAAAAGUUCGAGAAGAAAAACUAAUUCUAGAAUUUGACAAUGUGGAAGCAAUUUUUAAUGUGAACAAGAUAAUUCAACUUCCAAGUUACUAUGAAGACCUCGCGAUCAUCUGGAUGACAGUCUAG